AUGGCUGGGAGCGAGCGGCGCGGCCCGGGGCGUGCGGCCCGGCGAGCCACCGCCUGGGCGGUCUCCGAGUCGGAGCCCGAGAGCGAGCCCGAGCCCCGCUGCCCCGGUGCGGCGACUCCGGCCGGCUCCCCUCCCACGGCGGGCCCGGCCGGCCGGCCGAGGCGGCGGCGGAGGACCCCUGGGGAGGCUGCAGCCAGGAGGCAGGAGCGGGAGGCGCUGGAGAAGCGGCAGCGGCGGGAGGCGGCGGCGGCGUGGCGGCUCCUGAGGCCGGAGCGGUGCCUGCGGCUGAUGGAGGUGUGCGCCGACCCAGGUCUCCUCAAAGAUCUUGGCUCAGAUGCUUGGGUGAAGGUUUUAAGUUCCUUGGACUGUAAAUAUUCUUUUGAGCCUCAGGCAAUUCCCUGCAGCAUAACCUGGAGGAGAAACAUGCCAAACGCUCUGUCCACUCCAGACGGCCCCGUGGUGAAGACUGAAGAGGAGAAAGAGGUGUUGGUGUUGGUAGAGCCAGAAGAUUUUCUUAAGCGCCUCUUUUCCCUAACCCAGAGUUUUGUCAAUGCCCCGUCAGCGAGUCAGCCUGACCUGAACCAAGUGUUGCCUUUGGCCGGUCUGGAGGGCUCCUCCACCAAAACCUACAGCCUGGCCGUCGUCGGGCUGGAUGCCUACAGGCGUAACCAGGAGCAGGGCAGGCAGCAGGCACUGAGCCCUGGAAAGCAGAGUCCCAGCUCCCAGCCUGGCCCAGAGCUGUCUAUGACUGAGGAGGAGAUACUGGAGGCGCUGGUGGUGCUGCAGCUGUGGGGUAACAUCGAAGUGCUGUUCCUAGACACGUGGCAGGAGUUCGGCCAGCAUGUCUCUGUGCUGACGAAGGCAAUAGCAAAACGCCCGUACAAGAGGCAGCUGGAGUCGCAGGAGUUGCCUUUCUGCGCUGCCGGGGCCUGGGCCAGCGGGGUGCGAGUGGAGAAGGACGGCACAGGACUCUGGCAGGUGUGGAAGAGACAAAUCCAGCAGUUUAACAGAGUCAGCCCUGCAACAGCAGCAGCUAUAGCGGAAGCAUAUCCCUCCCCAAGCCUCCUGUUACAGGCCUACGAAGAAUGCAGCACAGAAGAUGAAAAACGACUCCUGCUGAGUGACAUCCCAGUGAAAUCGGACGUCAGCGGCAAAGACCGCCGCGUUGGGCCAGACUUAUCCCGCCGCAUCUACCUCUUCAUGGUAUCCACCGACCCCGACCUUGUCCUGGACCUGAGCACAUAGAGGGACCGCGGGCCGUGUCGCUCAGCCUCCUUGUUUUAUCUGCCAAGACGCGGCAGUGGCUGAGCCGCUGCCGGCACGGCAGUGCUGCUGGGAGCCCGGCCAGGGGAAGCAGCUGAUUCUGUUUCAGAACAGAGACUUACACAUCAAUAAAUGUCUUGUUACAGAUGCUUUCUUCAGCCUCUUGGCUCUCCUUUCCUCUUUUAGUUGCCCCAGCUUUCUGUCCCCC